UCAUAGUGCGGUGAACUUAUGACAAGAGAGGUCUCGCACGCAACUUUCGCAACGAAAACAACCGCUUUCGUAAUCCAAGAAUAGAAAUAGACGGAAAUGUGUUACGAAUGACGGUUACCCCAUUGUCAUUCCGGAAUUGAUCUCCGCUGCAUCUGCGUGUUAUAAAUAAUCCGACGCGUUUCCUGGAUUAUCCAGAUAUCCCAAUUCCGAACAACAAGUUAUCCAGUGUUCGCACGACCGCCCCGCGUUUCGCACGUCCGUCAGCCGCGGCUUCUUCAGUAACCGAUGAUAAAUGUUGCGGGUCUACGCGACGCCCUGGUGGAAUCUAACGUGAUUCGAUGAUGGUGCCGGUGCAACAUGAACAAGUGGGAUGGCGGUAAUCUUCAUUGCUCUUCUGAUGAUUACUGUGGCAUCAGCCUCGCCUGAUUGGACCGAUUGUCAACUGCCGUGCGUUUGUAAAUGGAGUGGCGGUAAGAAGAGUGCGGUUUGUAAGAGUGGCGGACUGACGUCAGUUCCAUCGUCUCUGGAUUCGGAAAUGCAGGUGCUGUACCUGUCGCAGAACCAUAUCAAGUACCUGCCGAAAGACGCUUUCAAAAACGCCGAACUGAUGAACCUCCAAAGGAUUUACCUGCCGAGGAACGGAUUAGUGGAGGUGAACCAAGACGCAUUCAACGAACUGAUCAUUUUGAUCGAGAUCGACCUUUCUCACAACGCGCUCACGAGCCUGCACCCCCAGACAUUCCACGGAAACGAAAGACUGCGGGUUCUUUAUUUAUCCGGAAAUCCCCUGACUCAAUUGAUCGAAAAACAAUUUCCUCCUCUGCCCCACCUGCGAAUAUUAGAUUUGGAGGGUUGCCGGUUGGAAUACAUCCACAAAGACGCCUUCGUGAACCUGGGCGCCCUGGAAUCGCUCAAUCUCAAGUAUAAUCUACUCAAAAAUGUAUCGGAGACAACGUUCAUGAAUUUCGCGCACCUGAAAACGCUCCAGCUGGAUGGAAACCCGUGGAGGUGCGACUGCGAGCUGAGAGGUUUCAGGAAUUGGUUUUUAGCGAGUAAUUUGCAUUCAAUCUCGCUGUCGUGUUCCGAACCGGAUUUCCUGUACGAGCGUCACUGGGAAGAUGUAAAUUCCGAAGAGUUCGCAUGUUUGCCUCAAGUGUCGGUUUCGCCUCAGAAUGAGGUGCAGGCCGAAGCCGGGGGGAAUGUGACGUUCGGCUGUCACAUCCAAGGGGAUCCCGAACCGCAGGUGUGGUGGUUGUACGAAGGAUAUCCAAUCAAUCACACGUGGAUUGUCAUCGAGGCCGAGGAGGGUCUAUUGGAUAAGUGGGCGAACAUUAGUAUAUAUAAUGUGAGUGAUGUUGACGUCGGUGUUUAUACGUGUAUGGCCAAGAAUGUCUUGGACACGGUGGUGCAAAACGUCAGUUUAGUUCUGCCGGAAGUCGCGACAGCGACUACAGUUAUCAAAUCGGAUGUCGGUUUCGUGUGGUGGACUUUGGUGGUGGCAGGGCUGGCCGUCAGUUUUUCUGCUUUGUGCACCAUUAUCGCGGUCUAUUGUGCUCGGAGUUCGAGGAGACACAGACGAGAUCUCAAAACUAGUGUUAGUUUCACGGACCAAGAAAAAAAACUUCUGGACGUCAGCAUCGCGACGACGACUGAUCGUGGUACCGGUAGUUGUGAAGGUUUAGGACCCGAGGUUGAACUAGUGGAACCGCCGGUUCUGAUCACAAUCGAAAGGGAACCCUUGCCCAUGACAGUGUUUCCACCGCCGCCGGAGUUUUCUGGUAACAUUCUUCCUGUAGCUCCUUACGGUAAUAUUUUUAUUUCUGUUUCGUUGAGUCGGGACCACCAUGAGCAAAACCAAAGGCAGGGUCCUGAUCUCCUAGACCUUCCUCACCGAUCCAAAAUGGUGUACCAUGGGAUGGCCACUUUGCCACGCAGACCGAACCCCAUCGCGCAGUACGACAACAUGGGACCCAGGGUGACUGCCUGUGGUAGCUCAACACUCUCCCUGCCCGAUUCCACUAUGGACGAGGUGGCACCUACGCAGCAGAUGCCCACAACCUGUACCCCGCUAAAUCCAGAGUUCGUAUCUCUGUAAACUCCCCUUUCUCCAUAUUCAAUUAGUGCCUUUUGCUCAUGUUCCGUUUGUUCUAGACUAUCCCCUUUUCAAGCCAUCUUUGUGUCAAAUGAAAUGAGUUGAUUUUUGAAUUUAUUGUUAUUCUGAAUCAAUGAGAUGUAAGAUUAUCAUGGAACAAUUGACACUAACUUAAGAUAAUAAUAAAUCAAUCUUAUUUGGAUUUUCCAUAA